AUGGAAUUCGUUAAUGGAGAUCGCCUCAGAUUGGUCGUAAAUGAAAAAGGGCUUUCUUCUGCUGACAGUGUCGGCAGUUCUUCCUCGGAAAUUUCGGCAAGAAUUGGAAGCAGCAGUUCGGACAAUGCGGAAAGAAGUGAAACCAUUUUCGAAAUCGUGCUUGAUGAAAUGAAACAGAAAGGGUUUGAACGCAUUAGACACAAAGAUGGUGAUGCGCGUUGGACAUUUCAUCAUCCGGAUUCAGUUCUUUUUGUUGAGAUCGAUUUUCGUGUUUACAAUGACCGAUUAAUGAAGUAUGUUCACGCCACUGCUAGUAUCUAUCAUCCCUCCGGUCGACAGUUUCUAGAACCAGUUGUUUUAGAGGAGAAAAGCAGUGAUUUACAAAAAAAGGUUUCCGAGUGCUUGAUUUCACCACUGAAGUUGGCGUUACUUGGGCAUGAAAAUCCAUUUCUGCGUUUGCUUGGAACUGGCGUAGUAGCUCAAUAUUUGUUCGAAAUGUUGGAUGCUAAGAGUAUUUUACGAUUAGAGAGAACGAAUAAAUAUGCUCUUAAAGUGUGCAGAGGUCAAGCAAUGGAAAGAAUUUGGAAACUUUUCUGUGAAAGGGAUUUUAGAAAAGGUAAUUAUUAUGGUUUUAAAAUCAUACUUCUUCAGUGCUGCUGCAUUAAAAAAGAAUCGUAUCGCGAAGCAUACAAAAGAUUGUACGUCCGGCAUGUACGAGAGCUUAAUUCUUUGCGAAAUCUGCUAGAACCUGAUUCUCACUCUGAUGUUCCUAUUCGUAUAUCUUUUCCAAAUCCACCACACAGACCGGAAAACCCUGAUCCUGAUAUUCCUGAAGGCCCAUUGCAACCUCUAUCUCGUAAUCCAUUUAUGCCACCCUCAAAUCCCUUCCCAUUUUCUGGUCCAGUAAAUCCUCUUGAUCCCUUAUAUGGUCGAGAAUUGUUACCAAACCGUCCUGUUAGACCUAGCGGUAUUCCAAGAGUGUUCCCACGUGGUCCUCGUACUCCAGAUCAGGGAAAUAUGUAUCAUGAUUAUAUAUAA